AUGAAGUGCGCACGGUCAAUUACGCUGUCAGGGCGCGCAUUGGCGGCCCAGCGCAGCCGGCUCGCCGCCCGUCAGUCCACCGCCGCCGCAGCUGCUCCCCGACACCGGCACACGAGCUCCUCCGCUCUCUCGAUCCGCACCGCCAGCCGUUGGCAGGCCGCCGCGUGCCUCUCGACGACCCUCCCUCCCGUCCAGUCGCGGAGCUAUGCCUCGAGCAGCGCGCCGCCCGAGACCGCCGCCCUCCGCCGGACGCCGCUGUACGACCUGCACAUCGCCCACGGCGGCAAGAUGGUGCCCUUCGGCGGCUUCGAGAUGCCCGUCCAGUACUCGUCCCUCUCCGUCAGCGCCUCCCACAACUUCACCCGCGAGAAGGCCUCCCUCUUCGACGUCAGCCACAUGGUGCAGCGCCACUUUAGCGGCCCCCACGCCGCCGCCUUCCUCCAGACCAUCACGCCCUCCGACGUCGAGGGCCUCGGCGUCCACCGCAGCACCCUGAGCACCUUCCUCUGGGAGCGCACCGGCGGCAUCGUCGACGACACCAUCAUCACCAAGCUCGGCGACCAGCUCUUCUACGUCGUGACCAACGCCGGCUGCCGCGACAAGGACGACGCCUACCUCGCCGACCAGCUGCGCAAGUUCGAGGCCGAGACCGGCGCCGCGCUCCGGCACGAGAAGCUCGAGGACUGGGGGCUCGUCGCCCUGCAGGGCCCCCUGAGCAAGGACGUCCUGACCGAGGUCCUCGCCGACCACGAGGAGGCGGACCUGCCGGGCCUGCUCUUCGGCUCCUCCAUCUUCGCCCGCGUGCGCCUGCAGCAGACCGGCGAGCUCUCGGAGCCCCUGCUCAUCAGCCGCGGCGGCUACACGGGCGAGGACGGCUUCGAGAUCUCCAUCCCGCCCGAGGAGGCCGUCGCCGUCACCGAGACCCUGCUGGCCGCCGCCGGCCCGGAGCGCCUGCAGUUCGCGGGGCUCGGCGCCCGCGACAGCCUGCGCCUCGAGGCCGGCAUGUGCCUCUACGGCCACGACCUCGACGACACGACCACGCCCGUCGAGGCCGCCCUGAGCUGGAUCAUCCCCAAGAGCAGGAGGUCCCCCGACGCCGGCUACCACGGCGCGGCCGCCAUCGCGGAGCAGCUGACACCCAAGACUAAGGGCGGCAAGGGUGUCGAGAGGCGGCGCGUCGGCCUGACCGUCACGGGCGCGCCGGCCCGCGAGGGCGCCGAGAUCGUCGACGGCGACGGCGAGAAGAUCGGCGUCAUCACGAGCGGGUGCCCCAGCCCCACGCUCGGCAAGAACAUCGCCAUGGGGUAUAUCAAGGACGGCUUCCACAAGGCCGGCACCGAGGUCGGCGUCGUCGUGCGGGGCAAGCAGCGGGCGGCGACCGUCACCAAGAUGCCGUUCGUGCCGACCAAGUACUGGAAGGGCACUGCACCGGCGUGA